GGCCUGCUAUUUAUCAGGUCUGUGGAUUAUCCCUGGCUCCCUGGGCUCCCUCCGUUGCCUUGGUGCCCACCUGUGCCUGCCCCUCUUCCCGAUUCCCUCCCGGUGCCUCGCUGCGUGUUUUUCUCCAGCAGACAGACCUGCAGGUACCACCACCCCUCAGUGCACUGGGGUCACCUCUGGGCUCUCCUUGAUUUCCUGGUGCCUCCCGCUGAGAUCUCUCUCCCAGUUUCUCCCAGUGCUCUCCUGUGUUAUCUCCCUGCUCCCAAAGUCCAGCUGCCCCUUUAAGCCACCCCCCUGGGGUGCUGUGAGUCCAUGUGAGCAGGUCCCCUGAAUUCCACCCCGUGUGGUCCCAGAGCUCGUGUGCUGCUCCCCGCAGGGUGAGGAUGAGGUAGAACCCCGACCAUGGACCAUGAGGCCCCCACGAUCCGGCCCCGGCGCAUCCAGAACCAGAACGUCAUCCACCGCCUGGAGCGCCGCCGGAUCAGCUCCGGCAAGGCCGGCACCCACUGGCACCAGGUCCGCGUCUUCCACCAGAACGUCUUCCCCAACUUCACCGUGGUCAACGUGGAGAAGCCGCCCUGCUUCCUGCGCAAGUUCUCCCCCGACGGCCGCUACUUCAUCGCCUUCUCCUCCGACCAGACCUCCCUGGAGAUCUACGAGUACCAGGGCUGCCAGGCGGCCGAGGACCUGCUGCAGGGCUACGAGGGGGAGAUCCUGGCCAACGGCAGCGACCAGCGGGCCGUCAACAUCCGCGGGCGGCUCUUCGAGCGCUUCUUCGUGCUGCUGCACAUCACCAACGUGGCCUCCAACGGGGAGCACCUGAACCGCGAGUGCAGCCUGUUCACGGACGACUGCCGCUACGUGAUCGUGGGCUCGGCCGCCUACCUGCCCGAGGAGCCGCACCCGCCCUUCUUCGAGGUGUACCGCAACAGCGAGUCCGUGACGCCCAACCCGCGCUCCCCGCUCGAGGACUACUCCCUGCACAUCAUCGACCUCCACACGGGCCGCCUGUGCGACACGCGCGCCUUCAAGUGCGACAAGGUCAUCCUGUCGCACAACCAGGGGCUGUACCUCUACAAGAACAUCCUGGCCAUCCUCUCCGUGCAGCAGCAGACCAUCCACGUCUUCCAGGUGACGCCCGAGGGGACGUUCAUCGACGUGCGGACCAUCGGCCGCUUCUGCUACGAGGACGAUCUGCUGACCCUGUCUGCGGUGUACCCCGAGGUGCAGCGGGACACGCAGACAGGGAUGGCCAACCCCUACAAGGAGCCCUUCAUCAACUCCCUGAAGCACAGGCUGCUGGUGUACCUGUGGAGGAGGGCGGAGCAGGAUGGGAGCGCCAUAGCAAAGAGGAGGUUCUUCCAGUACUUUGACCAGCUGAGGCAGCUCCGCAUGUGGAAGAUGCAGCUCCUGGAUGAGAACCACCUCUUUAUCAAAUACACUAGUGAGGACGUGGUCACGCUGAGGGUGACGGAUCCUUCCCAGCCCUCGUUCUUCGUCGUGUACAACAUGGUGACCACGGAGGUUAUCGCCGUGUUCGAGAACACGUCCGACGAGCUGCUGGAGCUGUUUGAGAACUUCUGUGACCUCUUCAGGAAUGCCACCCUGCACAGUGAGGCUGUCCAGUUCCCCUGCUCAGCUUCCAGCAACAACUUUGCCAGGCAGAUCCAGCGCCGGUUCAAGGACACGAUCGUGAACGCCAAGUAUGGAGGGCACACGGAGGCCGUGCGGCGGCUGCUGGGGCAGCUCCCGAUCAGCGCCCAGUCCUACAGCGGCAGCCCCUACCUCGACCUCUCCCUGUUCAGCUACGAUGACAAGUGGGUGUCAGUCAUGGAGCGCCCCAAGACCUGUGGUGAUCACCCCAUAAGAUUUUACGCUCGUGAUUCUGGCCUCCUGAAGUUCGAGAUCCAGGCGGGACUCCUGGGGCGGCCCAUCAAUCACACCGUGCGGCGCCUGGUGGCCUUCACCUUCCACCCCUUCGAGCCCUUUGCCAUCUCGGUGCAGCGCACCAAUGCCGAGUACGUGGUGAACUUCCACAUGAGGCACAGCUGCACGUAGUGGGCCUCGCCAGCGGCUCUCCUUGGGUCUGGGCCUCUGCCACAGACGCGCCAAGGCCAGACACUCACACCUUCCGGGAACCCAAACCAUCGCUCGUGCCGAGAAACCUGACCAGGGAGCUCCUGCCGGUGGCAUCUCGCGGGGCACUCAGCUGAGGAAAGCUGAUCUGCUCCAGUUAAGGGUGUGGAUGUUUCUCCUGACCCUGAUUGUACUGUGAGGGUCCCACUGCAUUAAGCAGUCCUUCCUGCUCCUUCCCUAUCCCCAUGGAUGAACAAAGCGUAGCUGAAUUUUCCUUUCCUACUUUGUCAGAGAGAUGUCCAUUUUCUGUCCUGCUGCAGGACUUAGGGUGGCAGAGAUGGGGCUUUGCAUCACACCAGUGGAGCGCUCCCUUCUGCACUCUUACCUUGUCAAACAGCCUGUCAUAGGGGGAAUGGAUGGGAGCCCUGGGGAGGGCUUGGAUACAGCUGCCCCUGUUUGUAUCUUAAGUAUUGCUGGGGAAACGAGGUCCUGCUCUCAGUCCACACAAUCUGCUCACGUGAUUUUGAUAUGGAAGAGGUCAGGAAAAAAGGUGUGAGAAAUCAACUGAAAGACAUGAGGUUUGUUCCUGACUCUUAUGCAAGUCACUUAAUCUUUGUGCCUUAGUAUCUGUAAAAGCUCCUAAGUGAGAGAUGGUGUGUUAAUGCCAGCAAGUCAGGGCAGCUGGUUGUGUCUCUAAUGCACAAGGAGGUGGGUGCAGAAGGAAGAUGGGUGGCUGGGAAGGGUGUAGGGGAGCAACAGCAGCUCCUUGGUCACGUUAGAAGGACUUUUCUGCAGCAUGGGGUGAAUCUUCACGGCCAUCUGCAGCCCUGCUGCUGGGGGGAGAGGAGACCCAGCUGCUGGCGCUCCCCUGUGUGUUGGAGUAUGAACAUGGAAAAUUAGUAGCAUUUGGGUUUGCCCAGGAAGGAGGGAGGAGACCUGAAUUAAUGUUCACUGCUGCGGGUUUGCAGUUAGGAGAUGAGCUUGUUGACUUAGGUUGCUUACCUCUCCCUGUUUGAUACACUGUUCUCUGUGAGAACCCGGGUUGCUGUUCCCAGGCUUCAGAGCGCAGCUGGCCACUGUGUCGGGGCUGGCUGGACCACAGCAGUUUUUAUGCUGAUGAUAAAUUAAGCUCCUAGGUGUAAUUACCUGCCACCAUGGGCUGGUGAGGAUGCUGGCCUGCCCUUCUCUCUUAAAAAUGGAGGUUUUGGUUGUAGGCUAGCAUUUGGGGGUUUUUGCACAUGGGCUGAGUGCUGCCAGGCAGCACAACCAUCCCAACAUCACGAGGUGCUCUGUUGUAAGCUGGAGCCUGUUGUUGUCCCAUUCCUAUGGGAGGUACAGGGGAGGCAUUAGAAAAUUGGUGCUAAUACACAGGAAACCCUCUAAAGGACCCUGUGGGUGUCUUGUUUGGACCAAAAUGAGCUGUGGGUGAUGUAUUGUGGCCACAUACCUGUGAAGAGGAGUGAGAGAAUCAUGCAUUCAUUUUGCUGGUAAUGCACAGGAGAACUGUGUGGGUGUUGGUACCUGCUUAUGGCAUGAAUGAUGGACCUUGUAACUGAGGAUGCCCUGGGAUCCUUGAAUCAGCCUUUACUCUCUGCCUCAUGGUACUUCUUUGCUCUCCUGGCCUUGCUUAACAUAUUUCUAGGGAAAACAUUGCAUUUCACCACUCUUUUCCUGGUGUUUGCACUGCUGGUGUCUCAGGUCUGUCAGGAGUGACGGUGGGUCAGAACACUGCUAACAGAGGAGGUGUCAGGCCGUGCAUGCUUUAGCUGCAGGUUCCUCUCCAUCUAAUAACACUAUUUGUCAAGGUUUUAGGUUUUUAUCCUGUGAUCUGUUCCUCAAACAUUCAAUUAAAGCUCCAAGUGGAGAACCGUUUGCACACUGUAGAUCAUGGAUUUACCUCCUUUCUGCACCACUCUCACAGCUGUUCACACUUGAGUAUGAGACUUUUUUUUUCUUCUCCAAAGCUUUCAGCAGCUCCAUCUGAGAUUGGGUUUUCUCUUUGGUGUCACAGCCUCGGGAGGUUUGUCCUUACUAAAAUAGCUCCAUUUAGACUUUUUUUUUUUUUUUUUUUUCAGUGGCAAAAAUAUAAACUACUUCAGCAUUUCUGUAUUCGGGGCUUUUGCUAAAUUCAGGCUGCCCUGUGUGAAGCAGAGAGUGUGGCACAAAUUGUUGGACUUUAGGCUCAGAGACCAGAGAUCUGUUCUUAGCUCUGCUAUUAAAUUGUUCUGUGGCUGGGGGCAAAUCUCUUCCUGUUCCAGCUGGUGUUUUCUUCUACAUAAAUGAGGCCAAAAACAUAUUUUCAGUUUUUGUAAAACACUUUGAAAUUCAUGGAUAAAAAGUGCUGGAUAAGUGCUAAGUAUUUUCUUAUUAUGUUUGCAGACAAACUGAUCAUUCUGGGUACUAAUUGCCUUGGAGUAGCAUAGCAGAUCCUCUGGUCUUGGCUGCUGCAUUUUAUAUCUACAACAGAGUUAAUUUUGUUAUAGAAAUGUAUGGAAAGAAAAGUCUCUCAUGCUUGAAAUUUUGAUUCUUUUGUUUAAGAAACAAAAACUGUGUGUGUGUGUGUGGUGGGGAGGGUGGGAGGAAAGGGGAGAUAUUUUCUACCUGAUAUUUUUCUUAGGUUAGGGUAAAGAUUUGUUAGCAACACAAGACAAAAAUGGAAUAAACA